CUCUCGAGAUCCGUGCAGUGACGACCACGACGGCACGAUGGGGGCUACCUCGUCGACGGCUGCGGCUUCGGCUCGGCUUCCCGUGGGCGUCAACAACCUGGUCGGAGAGCUCGGUGGAGAUGUGCAGUAUGACCGAGGGGUCGGCUCAUCUCGUUUCCUCAAGGCCAUCCGCGCAAAGCACAAGUACGGCCCGCUGAUCGUCAAGACCUUCCUGAAACCUGAUCCCUCAAUAUCAUUGCAGUCUCUCGUUCGAAGGUUGCGUGUCGAGAGAGAGGCAUUGGCCGAUGUCCCCAAUGUGCUCACCUACCAACGUGUCACCGAGACUGCCACGGCGGGCUACCUCAUCCGACAAUGGGUGGCCAGCAACCUCUACGAUCGGAUAUCGACCAGGCCUUUUCUGACCAACAUUGAAAAGAAAUGGAUCACCUACCAGCUCCUGUCCGCGAUGAAAGAAGCCAGGAAGCGAAAGAUCCCCCAUGGCGAUUUGAAGAGCGAAAACGUCCUCGUCACCUCUUCGCUUUCCGUCUAUGUCACCGACUUUGCUGCCUCCUUCAAACCGGCCUCAUUACCGCUCAACGAUCCUUCCGACUUCAACUACUUUUACGAUACGUCAGGCAGGAGGACCUGCUACGUGGCUCCCGAGCGCUUCUACAGCGACGAUGCGGCAGCCGCAAGAGAAAGACAAAAGGCCAAGGCUGUCUUUGCCCAGAAGGAAGGGCCCACAAUCGACCUGGCUGCCGAGGUUCUCGGUCAAAAGAGCCAGGGCAAAGUGACAGAGGCCAUGGACGUCUUUUCGCUUGGUUGCGUCAUUGCGGAGCUCUGGCGCGACGGCGCGCCCAUCUUUACCCUCACCCAACUCUUCAAGUACCGAGCCGGCCAAUUCGACAUCGAAGGUCCUCUGGCUGAGAUCGCCGACGAAGGAGUCAGAGACAUGGUCCGGUCCAUGAUCAGCCUCGAUCCAGACUCGAGAUUGACAUUCGCCGAGCACCUCGAGCGGGCAAGGGGCAGCAUUUUUCCAGAAUGCUUUCAGUCGUUUCUCCAUCGUUAUCUCAUUACGCUUCAGCGAGUCUCUCCUCAGGCAAAUGUUUCGCCCGACCACACCUCGAAUACAGGAGAGGCGACCGGCUCGACCUCGGCGCCUUCGGAUGCAGGCACCACAACGGCCGAUGCAUUCAACAUUCUCCGCACGGAGGCAGACGAGCGCAUCGAGAGGCUGUACGAAGAGUGGGCGGUCGUCACUCGCGUCCUCCAGGGUCAUAAGGAUGCCCUCGAAUUGGACGCGCCCGACGGCUUUGGGUCCAGUUCGACUUGGGCGAUGCGAAAGGUCAUUCCCGUCCAGCUCUGCAUUCCUGGCAUACCCAGUCAGGCGCUGUCAGAGCCCCGUGAGCCCAUCGACGAGGACGGACCGGCGCUGCUCAUCUUGUCCCCGCUCCUCGCCAAUCUUCGUAAUGUGUCGAGGCCGUCGACGAAGCUGCGCGCUUUCGACCUGCUUCUCCAUCUCUCCUCGCGAUGGCUUACCGAUGAAGCAAAGCUGGACCGCGUGCUGCCGUACAUCGUCAGCAUGCUCGACGACGAGUCAGAGAUCGUACGAGCUGCGGCUGUUCGCACCUGCACCCAGCUCUUGGCCCUCGUCGAUGUCAUCACACCCUCCAACGCCAUCACCUUUACCGAGUACAUCAUGCCCACCUUGCGCCGCCUGUCGAAGGAUAAUUCGGCCACGGUGCGAGCCAUGUAUGCGUCCUGCAUGGUGACCCUGGUCCAAACUGGCCAUCGGUUUCUGCAGAUAACCUCGGCCAUGCGCGCUGAAGGCCUGUUUGCCGCCGACGCCGUCCACCAUGAAGGUAUCGCAGACGCAGACGACUUUCUCAGCGGCCAAUAUCCCGAAGAGGCAAACUACGAUCUGCAGAUGAAACGCCUAGCAUCCUUCUUUCAGGAGCAGGUAGCCUCGCUCUUGACCGAUGCAUCCGUUGCCGUCAAGCGCAACCUCCUCGACGACAUCGCUCCCCUCUGCUCCUUUUUCGGCUCCGGUCCAACCAACGAUGUCGUUCUCAGCCACAUGAUCACCUACCUCAACGACCGGAGUUGGUUGCUGAGGCAAGCCUUUUUCGACGCCAUCGUCAGCGUCGGGCGGGUGGCCGGGCCGAGAAGUGUGGAGAUGUACGUCUUCACGCUCAUCCUGCCUGCUCUGUCAGAUCCAGAGGAGUUCGUCGUCCUGCGCGUCUUGCAAUGCCUCGUGGAGCUCGCGAGCGAGGAUCUCUUGUCCAAGUCAAAGAUCUUUGACGUUGUGGGCGCUGUCGCCGGCUUCCUCUGCCACCCCAACCACUGGCUUCGGACGGCUUCGGCGCUCGUUGUCGCCACCGCGGCUGAACAGCUACCCACGACUGACGUCUGGGCAGUCGUCUACCCCUCAGUCAGGCCACUCCUGCGAGCAGACAUUCACCGCAUGGACACGCUGAGCUUGCUCCAAUUUGCAAAAUCGCCCCUCAGCCGGCCCGUCAUGGAAGGUGCGGUGCAGUGGGCAGCGCGCGUCAACACGACUGGCUUCUGGAAGCCUCCUCCUGAGGCAAAGGGUCGCGCAGGCCUGGGCAACGGACUUGGUGCAGAGGGCGUUGGGCUACUUGCGGGCAGAAAAGGUCGUGAAGUCUCCAAGACGGCCAUCCAGAGGAGUGAAGAAGACGAUGGGUACCUCGACAAGCUCCGAAUGUUGGGUCUUGGUGCCGACGACGAGAUCAAGCUGGUCGGGCUGCGAGACUACCUCUCAAAGCUGGCCAAGCAGUCUUCUUUGACGAGGGGAUCUGUCCAGCAAUCGUCUUCGGCCCUGCAAGAGGACAGCACCCUCCCGCGUUUACAGAUCCGAUCUGUCUUGGCUGAGCAGAAGCUCGACGGUGUCACGCCCUUGACCAUUUUCUUUGGCCCACCUCGAGCCUGGAAGAAUUCAGCACCGGCAUCGACCGUGAAGGCAGGCCCCGACGGCGCGUCUCUCUCUAUGCGCUCGCAGACGGCAGACAGCUCGUUCAGCGGCCGCGUGGCUAGGAGGAGGCUGGCAGGGAGCCGAGUGGCGAGCGACGUUGCCUCUCUCGGCCCUCUAGAGGAAUUGAGACGACGUAUGGUCGACCCGAGCGUCGCAGGUGAGGGCCACCUGGCCAUGCCUUCAACUCCCGGCGCGAUCGACGCCCAGGACGUCAGUCACCACAGACUUCUUCAGCAUGAACAUCAGCGCCCUGGUAGCCCACUUGCGGGCGGUGCUGGCUCGACCUCAGGUCAGGCGAGAAUAGGCGUGGGCAAGGCGCUGCCUGCCAUUGCUGCCAACCCGACCACGGUCACCGGCACGAUGUCGGAGCUCUCGGCAAGACUCAAGGCGAUUGACGGCAACGCUGCUCUUCAUAGCGCCGACGUCUCAGGAACGACGACACCACUGGGAUCGGCACUGCGUGGAGGAGGAGCAAAAGGCCAGGCAGAUGAUGCUGCGCCCGAGGGGCCUAGUUUCUCGAGCACCUACGAGGGCAAUGACCCCUAUAUCCGUGCCCAUCUCGAGGCGCACUACCUCGCCAAUUUCCGAGAUCGUCACCCAGGCUGGGGUCCCCAGAUCCACGCCAAUGGGCGCCGACGAGGUGGAACCCGCACGGUGACGGCGAGCGCCAGGGCCGUGGCUCCGGGCAGCAGCAAUAGGCGACCCGAUGGCAAGCUUGUAGCCUACUUCACCGAGCACACGGGUGCCAUCACUGCACUUGCCGUCUCUCCCGACAAUGCCUUUUUCAUCUCUGGCUCAGAAGAUGGCUCAUUGAAGGUCUGGGACACGGCUCGACUCGAGAAGAAUGUCACUUCGCGAUCCAGAGCUAGCUAUGCGAACCAAGGAGGAGCUAUCACCGCGCUGAUCAUGCUCGAAGGGAGCCACUGUGCGGCGAGCGCGUCCGAGGACGGCAGCGUGCAUGUUGUUCGCGUCGAUCUCUCGCUCAACCACACCUCAUCUUCGAUGCCACGCUAUGGCAAAGUCCGUCUCGUGAGCAACUUCCAGUUGUCGAAUCCAGGAGAGUACGUGACUUGCCUGUUGCAGUCCUCCUCCAAGCCGGGCGUCUCCACUGCAGAAGCGGCCGCUUCCUCGUCGAAUCCGUCUGGUGGGGCAGGAGGAGCCGGGAGCCCUACCUUGAUCUUGGGAACUACACGGUCCCGCCUCACGAUCCUCGACCUCCGCACCAUGCAGGUCUUGCAGACGCUCCGGCAACCGGCCCACUUUGGGCCCAUUACGGCCAUGUGCUCCAAUCGGGGCAACAUCUGGCUGCUCGUUGGCACGCUCGGCGGCGUCAUGGCGCUAUGGGACCUUCGCUUUGGCCUACUCGUCAAGAGCUGGCGGAUCGGACAGGCAAAGGAUGGGUGCAUCGUCCGCGUCAAUGCCGUGCGGCCUCAUCCGAGCAAGGGAAGAGGCCGGUGGGUAAUGAUUGCGUACGAAAUGGUCGACUCUUUGUCCGAGAAGCAAGGCGGCGGGAGCCAGGUCCUCGUAGAGACGUGGGACAUCGAGGAGGAAGUGCGUGUCGAGGUGUUUGAGUGUUCGAGCUCGAAACCGUCCAAGCAGGCUCCGGCCUCGGUCUCCAAGGUGGAGAAGGAGCAGCAAAGGAAUGGGCUGGGCGAUGCGGCGCAGGCCAUCGAACGGCUUGUGAAGCUCCAGGAGCUGGCUCUCGACGAGAAGCAGAGGCAGGGCAGCCAAGUCGAGAAAGAGGAUCAGAGCGGCGUCCGAUCGGCGGCGCAGCCGACGAAAGUGUCAUCCUGCGCUGUCAAGGCGAUGCUCGUCGGCCUAGAAGGCUAUUCGUCCUCCUCCUCCGCGUCGGUGGCAAAUGGACAAAUCGCAGAGAGCUGGUUGGAUGCGGGCAGGCUAGCGCAGGAGGACAGCGCAGAAGCGGGAGGAGGCGCAUCGAGGAGGAGAGAAGGCUACAUGAUUUGUGCGGGCCAAGAUCGACGGAUCCGCUUCUGGGAUCUGGGAAGGACCGACCGAAGUGUCUGCCUGGGCCUGGGCGUCGAAAAGGGCGAAUUUGUCAGCGUCAGACCCCAACGAGCAGAGACAGAUGCGACGAGGCAACACCAGCAGCAGGAUGGGCAAGCGGCUUCAACUAAAGCUGAGGCCGGCCCGACGAGGAACGUGCACAGUAUACCAUCGUCGGGCUCAACACUACAGGGCGGAUCAUCGCUGAUGAGGUCGCCCUUGCUCUCGCAGCAGCAGGCGAGCGCAGCCAUCAAAGCCCACAAGGACGCGAUCACCGCUCUGGCCAUCAUCGAGAGCCCGUACAGGUGCAUUGUGGCUGGCGACCGCGCAGGCACAAUUCGAGUAUGGGAGUAAUCCCUCUAAUUUUAUUUCAUCGUGUACAGUACAACUUUCAUUCCCUCUCUGAUGGAACUGCAAUUUGAGGCUCCCAAGAGACUGACAGUGACACAUU